AUGAGGGAUUACCUCCACAAAGCUACGCCUAGGGACCUCCAAAGGCUUCUACGAAAAUUUAAGGCUCGAGUUUCCGGAUCUCAAAACGACCUCAAUGUGCCUGGUCAAUCCUCGGUAUUCAACUAUGUCUUGAGAGGUCAUUCCCCCCAGAUCACGUAUCAAAUCAACAAUACCGUAUACUCGAGUGCAUACUACCUAGCCGAUGGAAUUUAUCCGAGGUGGACGACAUUCGUCAAAAGAAUUCCGAAUCCCCAAUUGGAGAAGGAAAAAAGCUUUGCUGCCUUUCAAGAGGGUUAUAGGAAAGAUGUGGAAAGGUGUUUUGGUAAUGUGCAAGCUCGUUGGGAAAUUAUUAGGGGUGCUACUCGUAUGUUUGAUGAAGAUGUGCUUCGGAGCAUUAUGAUGACUUGCAUCAUCCUCCAUAACAUGAUUGUGGCGGAUGUGUAUGAUUAUGAUGCCCCAGAGAUGUUUGAACCCAAUCCCGUGAAUGGCCCGUGGGAGCAAAUGAACAACCACUGUAGCACAAACUGUUGA